UGGAGGACGCCGCGUCGCGUCACAAACACCGACCGACACCAUCAAAGUGUACCUGGGGGUCGUAAUCGUGGCUUUGAACGGGGAAAAGUCCGCAGGGGGGCCUACGCAAGGGUCCUUCCACUUCUUUAGCGGACGAGGGGUCAGUGUUACCAACAUUCGCGGGUUUUUUACCAGCAGAAUUGGAUCUACAAUACCUGAUUCGGGUUAAGGAAGACAAGGCACUGUGCUGAAACCCCAACAACCCCCAACGACAACAGCGCCCCUUAAGACAAGAGCUGGAGGGCUACCUCGAAAGACGACCGAGCAAGUGAAGAGUUUGGAAAAAUCGCGAUAUCGGUAGUGAGAGCAAGUGUCUUAUUGAACUCAUGUAUAAGGUUUACAACAGCAGUCUUCAGUGACGAGAAAUUAUGUGCUCUAUAACUUAGUGUCUCCUGAAUUAGUAAUUUGAAGUAGUUCUCAAACGAAGCAAGAUGGCUCCGAUACCAAUAAUAAACCUUGAGUUCUCCGAACUCAAGGAGAUUAUUUGGACGAAGCUACAAGAGCCAAAGGCUCAAAGAAAGCUGGUGUUAGUGAUAGUGUCGAUUGCGUUACUGUUGGACAACAUGCUUUAUAUGGUUAUAGUACCGAUUAUUCCCGAUUAUCUUAGAUACAUCGGUGCAUAUGAAGAAGAUCCCAUUCCGGGAAACGUAACCCUGCCCCCCGGGACUCCUUUCAAACACAAUCACCAUGGCCAAGACUCAGCUACCGGCAUCCUCUUCGCUUCCAAAGCAAUAGUCCAAUUAAUGAUAAACCCGUUCUCUGGAGCACUGAUCGACCGCAUCGGAUACGACAUUCCAAUGAUGAUAGGAUUAUGCAUUAUGUUCCUAUCAACGGCAGUUUUCGCCUGCGGAAGGAGCUACAGUCUCCUCUUCUUCGCCAGAAGUCUACAAGUAAGUACUUACAUUUUUUUCACGUGUUAGGGCGGCUGGUUAGAA